CUUCUUGAAGUAAAAAUCGAGAAUAGAAGUAGUAAUAAUGGGAUGUUAUUGAUAGAAACUGCUUAUGAUAAAAAUAGAUUACAAAUUAUUCAUAAAAUUAAAAAUGAAAUUGGUAAAGAAGAAAGUGAUCUAACAAUUUAA